UUUCAUACCAAUCAAGUUAGGCAUUCAAAUUUUUAUCAGUUCUUGUUGUCAAUUUGAUAAGGAACUUUUUUUCAAGUACAAAUCAAAAUACAGCAUGGGUUGGUCUAAGAAGAAAACAACAUCAAUUCUAACAUUUAUGCUGCUGUUUUCCUUAACAUUUGCACUCCUAUCUAUUUCAUUGAUGGUUUAUAAUUUACGUAAAAGGGAAGAAAACAAUCAAUAUUGGCAAUCUUUCACAUACAUUUUAGCAACAACAUUUGGAACUGGACUGGGCUGUAUUUGGUUCAGAAUAUGUCAAGCAAAGAAGAUCUCAUCCCACGCUUUAAUUCAUUCUAUAUCUUUGGUUUGUAUGUUUUUUGGGCAUCGAGAGAUAUUUGAUCUUUUGUUAGAUGGUGAAAUAGCUAAAUGUUACAAUAUGUAUCCAAUAAGUAUGCUUACAAUUGCUAUUUAUGUAAUGCAAUUUAUUCUCACUUUUCAUUUUAUAUUAUUUCGCCAUGGAAAAACACCUCGCCAAAGAGCCUUCAAUUCAGGAUUGCAUGCUUUUAUUGGAGCAAUUACACUUUUUGUUUGUAUAACCGAUGGACUGGUGGUAUGUCACAAAAUUUCAAGAGAUGAAAACCUACAAGAUUCUAUAACUUUUCACUGGGCUGCUAUUUGUUUGUUUUUCUAUGGAAUGACAGUUUGGUUUCUAAUCUUGAAUCCCUACUUCGAUUGGAGAAGAUUAAGUCAUAUGCUUCAAAGACGUUCCUCGAAAGUGAGCUUCUCUUAACUGGGAAAAGACAAAGUAAAACAACAUGCAUACUGAAAAGGGAACAAAAAAUUUAAAUAAAUUUGAAUGAAAAUUCGUAUAUAAAUGAAUAUUUAAUUAUGUAUUUUAAUAAAUAGGUAUUUGUAAUUUUGUUGCGAAUUUAUGUAGCUUACCAAAAAAUUAAUAAAAUACCACUCAGAGCCAAUA